CCCGUCUCCUUUCCCCACGCCGCAAUCUCGCGAAUCCCACCGCUUCCCUUUCCUCUCCUCUCCUCUCCCCGGGAAGAAGACAGCAGCGGCAUCCAUGGCGCCCAAGGCAGAGAAGAAGCCGGCCGCGAAGAAGCCCGCGGAGGAGGAGCCCGCGGCGGAGAAGGCCGAGAAGGCCCCCGCGGGGAAGAAGCCCAAGGCGGAGAAGCGUCUCCCCGCCGGCAAGGCCGAGAAGGGCAGCGGCGAGGGGAGGAAGGCGGGGCGGAAGAAGGCGAAGAAGAGCGUCGAGACCUACAAGAUCUACAUCUUCAAGGUGCUCAAGCAGGUCCACCCCGAUAUCGGCAUCUCCUCCAAGGCCAUGUCCAUCAUGAACUCCUUCAUCAACGACAUCUUCGAGAAGCUCGCCGGGGAGUCCGCCAAGCUCGCCCGCUACAACAAGAAGCCCACCAUCACCUCCCGCGAGAUCCAGACCUCCGUCCGCCUCGUCCUCCCCGGCGAGCUCGCCAAGCACGCCGUCUCCGAGGGCACCAAGGCCGUCACCAAAUUCACCUCCGCUUAGGCUUCACCCCUGCAUCUAUCUAUGUGUUAGUUUUAGUGCUAUCGAUGAUUGGAAAAUGGAUGUUAGAUCGUUAGUUUGGUAGUCAGAUGUCAGUGAUCUGGAACAGUAGCUCUGAUUUUAAACCAUGUGAAUGUGAUUCCUGGGUAUGUGAUGUUUGACCGCCUUGUGUCUGCUGGUCAACGAGUGAUAACUAGAUCUAAUUUUUGUGGAACUAUUUACAUGGUUGCUACUUGCAUUCUGUUCAACUGUUGUAAAUUCCUCUGUCACUCGUUGGAGUUUUAUUCUCUGGAGCAUGUGUGGAAUUGCCUGGGCAUGCUUUUGGGAAACUAUAGUCUGUAGUCCUAUGUUAUGUUUGGUUAAUUGGUUGCCCUGAGCUUGUUGGAAUUAAUCUAUGUAUAAUUUUGUGCAAUUA